AUGUCCGAUAAGACCAAUCUAGAGAAACCCUUGGAGCUCCAGGAUGACCCGGAUCACGCGCUUGGGGAGCUGGGGUAUAUCCCCUCGGAACUCCGUCGAAACCGCUCGCUGUUUACUCUCCUGUUCCAAUCGCUGUCCAUUGCGGGAAUUCCCUUCGCCGAAAGUGCUGCACUCAUGCAAGCCAUCUAUGGCGGCGGUCAACUCUCAAUCUUUGUGGGCUGGAUUAUGGUCUGCCUCAUGGAUCAGUGCGUGGCCAUGUCGCUCGCCGAGUUAGCCUCUCGAUAUCCCACCUCCGCCGGUCCUUACUACUGGUCCUUCCAGCUAUCCGGGAAACAUGCCAAGCUCCUGUCAUUCAUGACAGCGUGGGUGUGGCUGAUUGGGAACUGGACCAUCACCCUCGGGGUAAAUUUCGCAUUUGCGCAACUCCUAGUGGCUACGGUGUCCCUCUAUUCCAGCUGGGAAGCCACUGAUUGGCAGCUCCUUCUGGUCCUCUACGCCAUCUGUAUCCUGGCCUUCUCGAUGUGUGGUUUCGGGAACCGCUUUCUUCCCCUUGUAGACACCCUUUGUGCCGGUUGGACUCUGGUGAGCAUCCUGGUAGUGUUAGUAGCAGUCUCGGUCUCCGCCAAAGCGGGCAGACACUCUCCCUCCGAUACCCUUGCGCAGUAUGAUCCCUCCCUGUCCGGCUGGGGAAACUUUUCAUUCUGUAUCGGUCUGUUACCCCCGGCCUUUGUCUUCUCGGCGAUCGGGAUGGUGUCCUCGAUGGCAGAGGAAGUACAUGCACCAGCGAUCAAGGUGCCCAAGGCCAUGGCCCUCUGCAUCCCGGUCGGUGGCACCGCCGGCCUUUUCUUUGUGAUCCCUCUGUGUGCCACUCUCCCCGGACUGGUCGAUAUUACCAAUGCACCAAGCGGCCAACCGAUUCCCUAUGUGUUUCAGGUGGUAAUGGGGACGCGGGCGGGUGCCGUCGGUCUUGUCUCUCUUCUUCUGGUCGUCGGGUUCUUCUGUUCCGUCAGCAUUACCAACGCCGCAUCUCGUUGUACGUGGGCUCUCGCCCGAGAUACGGCCCUCCCCAUGUCGAGGCUGUUUUCUCGGGUCGAUGAUCGUCUCCGCGUCCCCCUGUGGGCAUUGGGUCUGGUGACCGUAGUACAAAUGCUCUUGGGAUUGAUCAACCUAGGCAGUAGCAGUGCCUUUACGGCGUUUGUUUCGGUUGGUGUGAUUGCGCUGGCGAUCACCUAUUCCAUUCCAAUCAGCAUUUCCCUAUUUUACAACAAGCGCUCCGAAGUAUCUAAAGCAAGGUGGAACUGCGGUCGACUGCUAGGAACCAUGGUGAACCUCAUCGCGCUAGCGUGGAUUGCCUUUGAGCUCGUCCUAUUCAGUAUGCCUUCCACCUUGCCCGUCACACCGGUGUCCAUGAAUUAUGCGUCGGUGGUCUUCGCAGGGUUCACGACUUUGGCCUUCUUAUGGUAUAUAAUUCACGCGAGGAAAGUUUAUGUCGGACCUCCGCUAUCAGAUGGGAUGCCCCAGGAUAUGUAA